AUGCGCCUCGAUGUUGCGUUCUAUCUGGGGGUUGGAAUUGCAGCCAUCCGAUCGGCAGAUAGGACUCCUCCUACCUCCCCCGUCUCGUCCCCAGCAGCAUCUUGUCUCCCAAGCCUUCACCUUACAAAGUGUGUGUUUUCCUCCUCCUCACUCUCGCUUAGUGGCAGCGGUUCUUCUCUAUAUAAUGGCAAGGGCGGUCAUCAUUUUCCAGCACCGUCGGUGUCUCCCCUCGUCCUGCCAUCUGCGGUGGUGGCUCCGCCUGGCGCUCCUUCUGCUAUUGCCCUUGCCGCUGCCCCUGUGGGCGUCGCGCAGGCGGUUGUUGAUGGCGGCGAGGUGGUGCAAUCGGUGGAGUCCGCCACCACUGACGUCCCGGGCCAGGGGGCGCUCCCUGCCGCUCCUGCUCUUCCAACUCCGGCGACACUCGUGCCGCCUCCGCCCGUGCUGGCAGGUCCCGCUCCUGCGCCGCUUGUGGCUGCUCCCCCUGCUCAGCGUCGGCUGUCUCGAGGCCGCCAUCAGCAGCGGCCUCACUCCCCUGCGCCUCGUGACGAGCGGGAGACGUCAAGGCGGCGCCACGAAUCUCCUCGGCGCCGCGGUUCCCAGGCAAACUGGGCAGCUCCCCGCGGCAAGCGUGGAGGCUGGUGGGGGCAGCGCCAUCACAGUGGCGGCUGGGCGCAUGAUCAGCUGGCGACGAUGGCAAAAUUUCCAGUGUGCUGUUUCUGCUACGGUGCGAGGGGAGCGGAUUGGGCAGGCGAGCCAGAGCCACUCGCCGCGUGUAACUCCGACCUAGGAAAGUGA